AACCCUCAGCUUCCAUUUCCAAAACCUGCUGCAACUCUCUCUCUCUCUCUAUCUGGUUGGCAAUUCUCAUAAAAGUAUUCUUAAAAUACAAAACCCUUUACAAAGGUUUGAACAGCAUCAUCCACAUGGGAAGACAUUCUUGUUGCUACAAACAAAAGCUAAGAAAGGGUCUAUGGUCCCCUGAAGAAGAUGAAAAACUCAUAAGACACAUCACCAAAUUCGGCCAUGGCUGCUGGAGCUCGGUCCCUAAACUCGCUGGUCUUGAAAGAUGCGGCAAGAGUUGCAGGCUCAGAUGGAUUAACUACUUGAGGCCAGAUUUAAAAAGAGGCACAUUCUCUCAACAAGAAGAGAAACUCAUCAUCGAAUUACAUGCAGUUCUUGGAAACAAGUGGUCACAAAUUGCGGCUCAGUUGCCAGGAAGAACAGAUAACGAAAUAAAAAACUUAUGGAACUCAUCGAUCAAGAAGAAGCUAAAGCAACGAGGGAUUGAUCCCAACACUCAUAAACCAUUAUCCGAGAUCGAUGAUCAUAAAGCGCCAUCCGGGAGCAUCGACAAGACCUCCCAAAGCUCGUAUACUCUCGAAGACAAACCACCACCAUCAACCUCAUACCCUCUCAUUGACGAUCCUCCACCCGCAACUCACGAAUUCUUUCUCAACCGAUUUGUAAACCACAACACCGCGAUCAAACCACCCGAUUCCCACCAAGUCCCCGAAUUCCUUCCUUUCGACUAUACCCAACAAAAACAUCAACCACAACAACUACAGACAGAAUCUGCUGACCUUUUUUUCACAAACCCUAUACUCUCAGGUCCACCUCGUAGCACCACCGACAAUCUUACCCAAAAUAAUUGGUUAAGUGGUAAUAAUGGUUUCUUUCAGGCUGCCAAUGGGUAUCAACCAUUUGGGUUGACUGAUGGCAUGAAAAGUCAAACUCAAAUUCAUGACGUUGAAGGUGAGCAAGAUUACAUCAAAUGGAAUGAUCAAUAUCUUCCAUUUUUGAUGGGGAAGUCAUCGAUUGAGAGUAAACCAGAUGUCAAUUUCGAGGUAAACCAUGAAGUUUAUCAGAGGAUUUCAACAAGCUAUGGACAUUUUUCAUAGAUUUUUGCACAACUUCAGGAUCAUACUGGUGUGUGAGCAUUCUAGAGGUUAUUUUUUUCCUUUUUUAGAGUUAAAUGUUAUUUUAGUCCCUGUAGUUUGGGCCAUUUUGGCAGUUUAGUCCAAGUGUUUUAUUUUUUGCUUGUGGGUCCAAUAUUUUAGCCACUGGGUUAACUUCAUCUUUUAUUCUGUUAACGAGAAUGGCAAUUCGGUUAUUUUAUAUGGCCGAAUUGCCCUUCUAGUUAACAGAAUUACAUAUAAAAGGACCAAAUUGCCCUUCUCGUUAACAAAAAAUGGAUGAAGUUAACUUAGUGGACUAAAAUGGUAACAGUGAAACCUUUUUGGACUCACAGGUAAAAAAUAAAACAUUUGGACUAAAUUGUUAAAAUAACCCAAAACACAGGGAUUAAAAUGACAUUUAACUCUUUUUUUUAUUUUAAAGUUGUGUAAAUAGGGUUCCAAGGAUUUGUCAUUUAUUUUAUUUUGUUUUUAAUUGAUUUUCAAACAAAGGACAAUUUUUAUUACAGUUGUUAUUCGCAUUAUUAUUUAUUGAUAAUCAA